AUGUCCGCUCACCCACGACCCAUGCAGCACCCGGUUCUACCUUGGGAAAUAACUGACGCCAUCAUCGACCACCUCCACUCCGACGUUCGAGCACUGGCAAUAUGCAGUGCGGUCUGCGCAGAAUGGCUCAUACGCAGCCGCCAUCACAUUUUUUCGACCGUCCAGCUGUGGCCCUGGCGGGCCCAACGUUUCUUCGAGCUUGCAGCGUCCAGGGAGUGCACGUUCGUGAACAAGAUCAGGUGCAUCGAGGUCGACGAUUCGAAAACGGUGAGGAAGGUGGAUGGAGAUGAGAGAGGAGCCGACGAACGUGGAGACGGAAUGACCUUUUUCGAGGCCAUGGCGCAUUCGCAUUUCUCAUGCUUCGCUCAAGUCCGGACGCUCAUCGUGCGCAACGUUGAUUGGACAAAGCACCCGCUGCGCCACCAGGCUACCCUGCGUACCCAUCUUUCCAAGUUCCAUCAAAUCGACAGGCUGGAGUUGCACGGCGUUGUAUUCCAUGACAUGCGCGAAGUCGUACGGGUCGUCGAUGCCUUCCCGGCGCUCUAUCACCUCACUGCGAAUGUCACAUUCAUGAAGAUGUUGGAGCACACCAUCGCUUCUGAGAUGACGAAUCACUUGACCAAUAAGCUCGGUUCACUUGACUUGGGAACUGAUGACAGUAUACCUGCACUAUUGAGUAGCGUCGUGUCCGCGGACCGUAAUCCUUGCUCAAUCAGGGAAUUGAACCUGCAGAAUAUAAGGUCAGAUCAUCUGAAGUAUGUUCAAAAUGCGCUCGAGAGAGCGGGGAGCAACCUACGACAUCUAUCCCUAGGAUUUGAGUCGGAGUUGGGUUCAAAAUCUUUGCAGGGUAUGAGCCCAUCUAACGUUGGGUGUCCAUUCCUAACUUGGUCUCAACAGAAAACACCGACCAGUUGUUAA